AUGUACAACUUUCAUAAGUGCAAAAAUAGAAGAUUUCCUCCGCCAUCUUUGAGAGCCUCCACAUAUCGUCUGCAUCCCUUUCUUAUAGUGAAAACGCCUAUACUCUAUCUCCGUUACAGUUACUGUCUAUCUAUCUAUCGAUCUAUCUAUGACUGUUUAAAUCUAUCUAUCUAUAUCUUUACUAUCUAUCUAUCUAUAUAUCUAUCUAUCAUUACUAUCUAUAUAUAUCUCAUCUAUCUAACUAUCGAUCUAUCUAGCUAUCUUUCUAUCUAUAUAUCUCACUCAAGUUGCUAUCUAUCUCAGUCAGUUAAUAUCUAUCUAUCUAUCUAUCUAUCUAUCUAUCUAUCUAUCUAUUAUCUAUAUCUGUUCAAAUCUAUCUAUCUCACGCAGUUACUUUCUAUCUAUCAAUCUAUCUAUCUAUCAAUUACUAUCUUUAUUUACUCAUCUUACUAUCUAUCUAUAUAUCUAUCUAUAUAUCUCAGCAGUUGCUAUCUAACUAUCGAUCUAUCUCACUCAUUUACUAUCUAUCUAUCUAUAUAUCAGUUACUAUAUAUCUCAUCUUUCUAUCUAUCUAUCUAUCUAUCUAUCUAUCUAUCUAUCUAUCUAUCUAUCUAUCUAUCUAUAUCUGUUCAAAUCUAUCUAUCUCACACAGUUACUUUCUAUCUAUCAAUCUAUCUAUCUAUCUUAUUCAAUUACUAUCUAUCUUUAUCUAUAUACCUCAGUCAGUUACUAUCUAUCUAUAUAUCUAUCAUUAAUAUCUAUCUAUCUAUCUAUCUAUCUAUCUAUCUAUCUAUCUAUCUAUAUCUGUUCAAAUCUAUCUAUCUAACGCAGUUACUUUCUAUCUAUCAAUCUAUCUUACUCAAUUACUAUCUAUCUUUAUCUAUAUGCCUCAGUCUUAUAUCUAUCUAUAUAUCUAUCUAUCAUUUCUAUCUAUCUCAGUCAGUUAAUAUCUAUCUAUCUAUCUAUCUAUCUAUCUAUCUAUCUAUCUAUCUAUCUAUCUAUCUAUAUCUGUUCAAAUCUAUCUAUCUCACGCAGUUACUUUCUAUCUAUCAAUCUAUCUAUCUUACUCAAUUACUAUCUAUCUUUAUCUAUAUACCUCAGUCAGUUACUAUCUAUCUAUCUAUAUAUCUAUCUAUCAUUAAUAUCUAUCUAUCUAUCUAUCUAUCUAUCUAUCUAUCUAUCUAUCUCACUCACUCACUCACUCAGUUACUAUGGAUGGGCGGUCUGGCAUGUGGCCGGGUGUUAGUAUCUAUCUAUCUAUCUUUCUAUCUAUCUCAGUUAAUAUCUAUCUAUUAUGCAUUUACUAUCUAUCUCAGUCAUAUUUCUAUGUCAGUCAGUAUCUAUCUAUCUAUCUAUCUAUCUAUCUAUCUAUCUAUCUAUCUAUCUAUCUCACUCAGUUACUAG